AUGGGUGUCAAGAACAAGACUCAAGUGACCAUGUUUGAGUUUUCUGGUCUUACUGAUGAUAAAUUAGUUGCCCUGUUCCUCUUCAUGCUCUUUUUAGUGGUUUACAUAGUGACCGUUUUUGGAAACGUCGGAAUGAUAGCAACGGUUAAUGUCUCACCCACCCUCCACACUCCAAUGUACUACUUAUUGAGCUAUCUGUCUAUGGUGGACCUCUUCUACUGUUCAGUAAUUACACCUAAAAUGUUGUCUGACCUCCUUUCCGAGAGGAAGUUAAUCACAUUCAUGGGUUGCAGCCUUCAGUUCUACUUCUUUUGUGCACUGGCAGGUACAGAGGUCUAUAUCCUCUCAGGAAUGGCAUACGACCGAUAUGUUGCUAUAUGCCACCCUCUCCACUACAUAUCAGUGAUGACUAAGAAGAAAUGUCUCGGUCUUGUUACUCUCUCUUUCGUUGUUGGCUUUGUACAGUCAGUUGCACAGACCAGCAGUCUAUUCAGUCUUGAAUUCUGUGACUCUAACCUUAUAGACCACUUCUACUGUGACAUCCCUCCACUGGUCAGGUUGUCUUGUUCCCAAAUCCGCACCUGCACCAUCGUCACCCUUUUCUUUGUAUGUUUUUGUGGCUUAAGUUCAAUGACAAACAUCCUGGUCUCCUACACCCUCAUCAUUCCAUCUAUCUUACGGAUAAACUCUGUGGCUGGCAGGAGGAAAGCAUUUAGCACCUGCUCCUCACAUCUUAUGUGUGCUACCAUCUUCUAUGUUGCAGUUGUCUGUGCUUACUUUCAUCCAUCCUCCAGUACCCUCAAAAUACAAGAAAAGGUAUCCUCUGUAUUCUACACAGCGGUGACACCAAUGUUGAAUCCGAUUAUCUACAGCCUGAGGAACCAAGAGGCGAAAAAGUCAAUUUUAAGACUGCUUCAGAAAAGUUCCAAUUAGAAUAUAUGAUAUCAUGAUACCUGUUCAGCUUCAACAUACCUAGAUCAAAAGAUGGUUGAUGAUAACCUGUGUGAAAAGAGAUAUAGAAGUAGUCAUUGUUGAGCAUUCCUAUCUGUCAUGGCAAUCCAGUUUAAUCUCAGCUAAUUCAAGAUAUGGCUACAUGGGAAAUACUGUGUAGUCUUCCUUUAAAGAGUCACUG